AUGGGAAAAUCAAGAAGAAACAGAGCCGGCGCGGCUUCUCGUCGUCGAGACCCCAUCUCCAAACCCGUCAAGCCCCCCUCCGAUCCAGAGCUGGCCGCCCUCCGCGAGCAAAAGAUCCUCCCCGUCGUGCGGGACCUGCAGAGCGUCGACCCCAAGAUGCGCUCGUCGGCCGCCUCGGCCAUAUCCAACAUCAUACAGGACUCCCGGUGCCGCAAGCUCCUGCUGAGGGAGCAGGUGGUCCACACCGUCCUCGGCCAGACCCUCACGGACUCGGCUCUCGAGAGCCGCGCCGCCGGCUGGGGUAUCCUGCAGGUCCUGGCCCAGGAGGAGGAGCCCGACUUCUGCGUGCACCUGUACCGCCAGGACGUCGUCACCGCCAUGGAGUACGCCGCCAGGGCCGUGUCGGAGAGGCUGGGCGCCGGUGCCGCGCCCCCCACCAGGGCCGAGGAGCCCCUCCUUCUGAGCAUCGCCGGGUCCCUGGUGUCGCUGGCCACGGCCCUGGCCGAGGCCCGGGACGACAUCCUCGUGUCCCUGUCCGCCAGCAGCGCCAUCACGUCCUUUCUCUUGGCCAUGACGACUGCAUCGCCAUCAUCAUCAACACCGUCAUCGUCUGCCACGGACUCUUCCGUCUCCGUCACCGUCGCCGGCCUGCGGACCGACGCUCUCGCCUGCCUCAUGAUCCUCACCGAGGACAACACGGCCCUCGCCGAGACCAUACUGUCCAGGGCGCCCGUCGCCUACGAGACCCUGCGCGCCCUGCGUAAGGACGUCUCGGGUGAUUCCAUCCUGUCCUGCGCCGUCCUCCACAACAUCUUCGUCUCCCUUCAGGACAAGACGGUCGACCACCAGAUCGUCGACGACUCGGCCAUCGUGCCCACCCUGGCCAAGACCCUCGCCGAGAUCACGGCCGACGACCGCCACGACGAUACGCAGGGCUGGUCCAGCCCCUUCCAGUACCGGCAGCUCGCUCUCGAGAUCCUCGCCUCCAUGGGCACAAGCUUGAUGGCGGCUGGAUCCGACGGGGAGGGCAAGCCAGAAGGUGACGCAGAAGCCGCAGCCGCAGCCGAUGAUGACGAUGACGAGGACAUGGGUGACGACGGCGAGGACGGUGAUGAGAAGACCGACGCAGACAAGGACGGAGGAGAAGGAGGAGAGGAAGACGAAGAAGGAGAGGACGAGGGAGAAAUGGACGAGGACGAAAUGCGGGCCGACAUGGACAUGGUGACGGGCCCCGACGACGAAGCCCCCACGUCAGGCAUCGACGACCUCCCCGUGCUCAAGGCGCUCCUGCGCGACGCCCUCCCCGAGAUGAUGCGCGUGGCCUCCCUGCCGGUCCGGUCCGACGAGUCGCUGCAGCUGCAGGCGCUGGCCCUCUCGGCCCUCAACAACGUGGCCUGGUCCGUCUCGGUCCUCGACCUCUCCGACGACGACAACAGGGGAAUCCAGCAGGCCUGGGAGCCCGUCGGGCGCGCCAUCUGGUCGUCCGUCAUCGCGCCCAUCCUGUCCAGCGACACGGCCGAUGUCGCCCUCGCCAAGUCCGUCACCGGCCUCGCCUGGGCCGUGGCCCGCACCUUCGCCGGCGCAUCCCUCCCAGCCCCGCUCGAGAAGGACGAGCACCGUCGCUUCAUGACCCUGUACCAGGCCACCAAGGGACGUGAUCUUCUGAUGGCCGCCACCGCCACAUCCAACGGCAGUGAAAACGGCAACAGCAGCAACAACAAAAACAAAAGCAGCAGCGACGAGAGCCAAGAUCCCUUCCAGAGCCUAGGAGUCAAGUGCAUCGGCGUCCUGGGUCAGCUAGCUCUGCACCCCACCCCCGUCGCCAUCAACCGCGAGAUAGGCACCUUCCUCGUCACUCUCGUCGCCGGCCUGCCAGACCAGACCCCGGCCGCCGACGCCGUCGAGGCCCUCAACCAGCUCUUUGACAUGUACGCCGACGAGUCCCAGCCCUGCGACCGUGAGGUCUUCUGGUCAGAUGGCUUCCUCAGCCGCCUUGAGGAGUCGCUGCCCAAGGCCAGGGCCAUGGCCAAGUCCGUCGACAAGAGGCGCUUUCCCGAGCUGAGGUCUCGCGCUGACGAGGCUGUCUUGAAUCUCAGCAGGUUCCUAUCUUAUAAGAAGAAGAAUAAGCCGUAG